UUGGAGCUUAAUAAUAUGCAUGAGUAAAUGUAAUCCGUUUCACAAUCCCAUGCUAUCCGUCAAUCAACCCAAGCAGAUUUUGCUGAAAAAGUCAUUAUAUCAAAAAUCAAAAUCAUAGACCCGGACCAUUUUCCUGCCAUAUUUCUAAUUGCACAAUACUCAAAAUUGAAUUUCCUAAAAUGUUCACAUUUCAAUUACCCACCACCUCCUCAUUUCAACUAGAGAAUUCUUCUCCAAAACCAAAUCUUCAACCUUCAAUUAUGCUCCACGCAUACUCGCCGGGGCGGAAGAAAUCACAUAAACCCCUCAAUUUGUUGUACGCCCACAUUUCAUCGCACCCUUAUUUAUGGAUCUCACUCGCCUUCCUCUUGAUCCCUCUUUUCAUCAUCUCCGCCGCCCGCAUUUCCCCGCCGUGUUUGCCCAACCGCACCGCCGCCGCCGUUUCCGGCUCCGAAGAAUGCCCCUUGGGCAGAGUUUACGCCUACGAUCUCCCCUCCACAUUCAACCGCGACUUGUUAGUGCACAACUGCACCGACCUCGACCCCUGGAACUGGCAAUGCGGCAUCGCCACCAACCACGGCCUGGGCGGCCCCGCCGCCGAGCUCCGCCGCGUCUUGCCGGAGAAUAUCUCGAAAUCCUGGUUCCGGACGAACCAGUUCGCCCUGGAGUUGAUCUUCCAUCAGCGGAUUCUGCGGCACAAAUGCAGGACCGCGGAGCCGGAAUCUGCUGCGGCGUUCUACAUCCCGUUUUACGCUGGACUCGCGGUGGGGAAGUACCUGUGGAUCAACGACACCGCCAAACGCGACCGGCAUUGCGAGAUGCUCCUGCGAUGGGUCCAGAGGCAGGGGCACUGGCACAAAUCCAACGGCUCUGAUCAUUUCACGGCGGUGGGCCGAAUCACAUGGGAUUUCCGACGCCUGACCGACCCGGGCCAAAUUUGGGGCUCCACAUUUCUCAACAUGCCCGAGAUGCAGCGGGUCACCCGCUUCAUCAUAGAGAAGGCGCUGGACGACGACCGAGACGUCGGUGUACCUUACCCCACCGGAUUCCACCCCGAAAGCCGAGAGAUUCUCGAGAAUUGGCAAAACUUCGUGCUUGAACACAGUCGCUCGAGCCUCUUCACAUUCAUCGGGGCGGCGCGUGGAUGGGUCAGCCACGAUUUCCGGGGGCUCCUGCUGAGUUACUGCUCGAACGUGUCGUCCUCGUGUCGCGUGGUGGACUGCGCGGCCGCGCAUUGCUCGGCUGACUCGUCGGCGAUAUUGGAGUCGUUUCUGGCGUCGGAGUUCUGCCUGCAACCCAAGGGGGAUAGCUACACGAGGCGGUCGGUUUUCGACUGCAUGAUAGCCGGUUCGGUGCCGGUCUUUUUCUGGAACCAGACGGCCUACGACCAAUACGAGUGGUUCUUGCCGGGCGAACCGGAGAGUUACUCGGUUUAUAUCGACCAUGAGGAAGUGAGGAAUGAGAGUAGGAUCAUAGAGCGUGUUUUGAUGAGGUAUAGUAAGGAGGAGAUUAGGAGGAAGAGAGAGAAAGUGGUUGAGACAAUUCCUAGGAUAAUAUAUGGGAUUCAGAGUGGAGGAUCAACAGAUUUUAAGGAUGCUUUUGAUAUUGCUUUGGAUGGGGUUUUAGAGAGGAUUAAGAAGGAGAGAGAAUUAAUGUCUCGUGCAUUAUGAUAUGCAUUUCUAGUAGUGUAGUACUUUUGAUUAAUUAGGUAUCAUGCGGAAUUUGCUAGUUUGCGUAUAUAUAAUUCUUAUAUUAGAGUUUCAUGUAUGAUAAGUUUCUGGCUCUAAUUAUAUCAGGAAUAUACAAAUAUCUCUGCUCUCUUUUCUUUUUUUGUGAA